CCUCCGCCUCCGCCUCCUGUCCUCGCAGUCAGCUCUCUGGACUUCACCUGCGCUCCCUCACCGAAACUGCUUGGUAUGUUUCGGACUUUCCACGCCUCUUCCAAACAAGAGUGACAUAUCUGCUGGCCAUAUUUGUACAGCUCAGACCGAUUUCAACUCCUCAUUUCUUAAAGCUCACCAGAGGUAUCCGCAGACCCGUAGCCUACAGUUUCGGUUUAAGGAUGGACUCCGCUGCCUACCUAUUGCUGGCUUUGGUGAGCGCCGGGACGCUUCUCCAAGUGUGGGGAACAGACAAUGUGACUGCCCUGUAUGGAGAGGUCAUUGUAAUACCAUGCAAUGGUGGAGUUCCAGCACCACAGGAUCUGAUGUUCAUCAAGUGGAAAUACGAGAAAGAUGAUGGCACUGGUGGCGAUCUGUUGAUCAAACAGGUCAACAGCGCGCAGGCCACUGUUCAGGCCACAGACCAAUAUGCCCAGCGGGUCAGCAUCGAUGCCAACUUCAGCCUGCUCAUCUCCCAGGCCACGCUCAAAGACCAGAAGACCUUCACCUGCAUGGUGGUGUCAGUCUCCAACCUCAAUGAGUACCCCGUCUCUGUCCUCGUUUACAAGAUACCGUCUUCAGUUCAGAUUAUGGACAAGUCCAACAUACUGCAGAAGGACAAACCAACAAUGGUGGGAACAUGUGUUGCGGCAAAUGCAAACCCUGCAGCUACGUUCACCUGGAAAAAGAAUGGAAAGCCCUUGUUAGCCGAUGGGAAAGCUGUUGUGAUCAGUUCUAGCAUUAAGCUGGAUCCAGCCACAGGCCUGUCCACCACCUCCUCCAGCCUCCAGUAUGCAGCUUCCAAAGAGGAUAUGGCUGCAGUCUUUGUCUGCGUGUCCACACAUAAGCUGACUAAUCAGGAGAAAGAACUGGGACCCUUUCCCAUUUACUAUCCAUCGGAGAAGGUUAGCCUCGAAAUUAUGUCCAAGGGACCCAUCGUAGAAGGAGAUAACGUGACGUUGAAGUGUCACGGUGAUGGCAACCCUCCACCCAGCUCCUUCUUCUUCCACAUCAAGGGCCAGAAAAUGCUGGUGGUAAAUUCGGACAACUACACUUUGACUAACAUCAGCAGAGAGGCUGGGGGUGAAUAUAAAUGCUCCCUGGCUGACAAUGAGAAAAUGGAGGCCUCCCAAAGCAUUGCUGUUAGCUACUUGGACCUGAGUCUGACUCCCUCUGGGAAGGUUGUGAAGGCAGUAGGGGACUCCUUGUCUGUGAAGAUCGAGAAGAACGCUUCUGGUGACCCUAAAGUUUCAUGGACAAAGAAUGGAAAGGCAGUGAAGGUGCAGUUUAGCAAGUUAACCUAUGCUGAUGCAGGAGUGUAUGUGUGUGAGGUUUCCAUGACCGGCCUCACGCGACAUCAGAGCUUUGAACUGGUCGUUGAAGGAAAGCCUAUGAUCACCAGCCUUACCAAGGACCGUGCUGAUGACAAUUCCAAAGUUUUGACCUGCGAGGCUGAGAGUGUACCAGAACCCAACUUCCAAUGGAGCGUCAAUAGCACAGACGUAAAGGAGCAGAGCAUAUACAACAACAGCAACAAGUUCACCCAUAAAAUCACUGUGAUCCCCACGGCGAAUCUGACUGUCACCUGCAGGGUCAGCAACAAGCUGGGAGAAGAUACCAAGACCAUCAAUGUUUUCUCUGUUAAUAAGGAGAAUAAACAGGAGGAAAGAGGCUCUCAGGAGGAUUCAGAGGACCAGGCCAAGCUCAUAGUGGGAGUCGUGGUAGGGCUCCUCAUAGCUGCUGCCAUAGUGGGACUCAUCUACUGGCUCUACAUGAAGAAUUCAAGACAAGGAAGCUGGAAAACUGGGGAGAAGGAGUUGGGAACAUCUGAGGAGAGCACGAAACUAGAGGACAACAAUCACACUGUUUAAAGGCACUCCGGCUAUACUACAUGGGAUGAAUAUGCAGCCAUGCAACAUUAAAAAUACAGACUCCCAGUUGGCUGCUGACACCCUCCAUCAGGCUCCACACAAGCAGCAACAGAGUCCUGCCCACUGCCUGCUGUCCCACAUCACUGUCUGAAGUCUGCACUGAGGCUGCCUCGUGUUACUGUUUCAUUUUGUGUUUUCGUGUUCCUGGUGAAUGCUCCGUUAUGUUUUGUGUGAGCAGUUCUGCUCAGGGUGUGUGGUGGGUUUUUUGCCGCUUAGUUCUUCCUUUAGGAUUUAUUUUUUGUGUGUUCUCGAUUUUCUUCAAAGAAUGUAAAUCCCUUGUACACUUGUAAGGCCUGUAUAACAAAUUAUAAGUAUAUUUGUGCCCUCGCUGAGCAUGCCAAUGUUUAUUUUUAUUGUUUGUACUUUUUUGUGCGCUGUGUGUUAAAAAGCCUUUGUUAGGCUGUCCUCAGAGAAAAAUACACUUAACUGCUGUAUAACCCUACUGAAACUCCUCAACAUCUCUUAACCUCCUGACUUGUGUUCUCUGGUUUUCAAACACUGGCAAAUGGAUUGUCUGUAUAGGCAUUGAAUGCCCACUACCGAAAGAGUCCUGAUUAUAGUCAUGAUAUUAAAUAAGGAACUGGAUGUACUAUAGAAUUAUUUCUAUACAUCCAGUUUAUUGUUACUGUGACCCCAAAAACCUAACAUACUAAGUUUUAAAUUGCAUUUGUGUAGAUGUAAAUUGGACACAGUCAAACACUAACACUGUUUUUGGAAAUUCCAGUACUUUCUGUCACUUUUUUGUUAGUGGUUGGAAAAAUUGUUUAAUCUGAGAAGGCAAAAAGAAAUGAAAAGGCAAGAAGUUUCCUU